CAAUCCGCGUUCGCUCGCGCUCUCCGCCGCUACAGUGCGCGCUGAUGCCGCAGCUCCACUCUCUCUCCAUCUCUCUCUCUCUCUGAUGAUAACACUGACAGCACAGUCAUGGCGACAGUGACAGUCCAACCGCUCACCCUGGACCGAGAUGUUGCCAGGGCGAUUGAGCUGCUGGAAAAACUACAGGAGUCUGGUGACGUCCCGGGUCACAAGCUGCAGUCCCUGAAGAAGGUUCUACAGAGCGAGUUCUGCACGGCCAUUAGAGAGGUCUAUCAAUAUAUGCAUGAAACAAUAACAGUGAAUGGCUGUCCAGAGUAUCAAGCACGUGCCACAGCUAAGGCCACAGUGGCAGCAUUUGCAGCAAGUGAGGGUCAUUCUCACCCGCGGGUGGUGGAACUACCCAAGACAGAUGAGGGGCUUGGCUUCAAUGUGAUGGGCGGAAAAGAGCAGAACUCUCCGAUCUACAUCUCCCGCAUCAUCCCAGGGGGCGUGGCUGAGAGGCAUGGGGGUCUUAAGAGAGGCGACCAACUACUGUCUGUCAAUGGAGUGAGUGUCGAGGGUGAACACCACGAAAAAGCAGUGGAGCUACUGAAAGCAGCCAAGGACAGCGUCAAACUGGUGGUGCGUUACACCCCUAAAGUCCUGGAGGAGAUGGAGGCGAGGUUCGAGAAGCUUCGCACCGCCCGCAGACGCCAGCAGCAGCAGCUCCUCAUACAGCAACAGCAGCAGCAAAACCUGGCCGCCCAGCAGAACCACAUGUCGUAGGCUGUUCCAAAAGAAGAAAAAGUAGAGGACACUGGGUGAGACUGGCAUACUCUCACAGUCAUGCUGUAAGGAGGUCCAAGAGAUCUCAGAAGAGGACCCUUACUGUUCUCCAGUGAAGACUAUCCUCUUUCAGUCAACUACCUACAACCCAAAAAGGUUAAAAACUCCAUGAUCUGUGUUCCAAAUUGGUGCUUGGAAAAUGUUCAUGAUGCAUAAAGGAAGGCUAGCACUAAGUACAUGGUUUUACACUUACUUGUUCAUAUUUCAGUUGUCUGAAACCAAUCGCAAGUUGUCUCCCUCUUGUAGUUUUGUGAUCAUGUGUUUUCUCAACAUGUAUUUCUUAAGCAUUCAAUUAUUUGUUUUUCCUAUCAUUAUAUUUACGUUGCCAUAGCGCUGUACGUACAGUAACUUUUCUAAGGGUUCUUUUGGUGCUGGUGUCUCUGUUAAUAGAAAGCGCUUUUUAUGUCAGUCAUUCUUGAUUGGAUAACACUGAGGUAUUUUAUACCAUACUGUAGCAAGGAAUAUUUUGUAACGAAAAUAGAUUUAGCAAUAACACUUGUUUUGUCACAUCCUACUGUCAAAUUAUGGUAAAUUUUAGGCAUAGAAAUUAAUCUUACGAGGGUAAAGUUGAUACGAAACUGUAUCUUACGCACCAUGUGACAUAAGUCAGACUAAACCAUAAACAUCAUUUGCACAGAAUGUUCUUAUGAGAUCGCAGUAUCACAGUGCCAUUGACAGAGAUUAUCUUGUACAUUUGGCAUAUCGUAUCAGCAGACAUUUAAAGGUACAGUGUGCCAUUUUUGCAAAUAAAUUCUCAGAUUACACCUUAAUAUACAAGUUAUAGUAAACAUUGCAUUGAUAUAUAAAAACACUGCACCGUUUGUUUGUGCAUUGAUCCAGUAUCAUGAGUUUGAGGCAGGACUUCCCAUUUGGAAAUCAAUAGCAAAAAUGUUUCGGAAACAACUUGUUUUGAUGGCACAGUACUGACACACUACACCUUUAACAAGUCGUGCAUUCAUGAGAGCUGUACAGUUUUGAUGCCGUUUUAUGGUUGUGAUUUCACUUCUGAAAUUAAUUCUAAUUCACAAAUAUUCUAUUUAAGUUCAGACAUUUCUAGUUGAUGUUAUGAAAUGAUUUACUAUGAGGACAAAUGGAAUGUCAAACAAAUGGAAUGUUUAAAGUUCUAUUUUCAAGUUUAUUAGCUCAGAGGUCUGAAAGAUUAUUAAUUGUGGUGUUGUUUGUUGUUAUAUUUGACAUAACCAACCACCUCAUUCACUAGAAACGUUGUAACAUUGUCCUGUUUUGACAAUCAAUUUAAAAAGCAAGCAUGAAGCCACUGAUUUUUGUUUUUCAUGAAUUUUAAUUUAUUCCCCUCAACACAAACUAUCAAAAGCUGGCAAACUGUCUAUCCAUUGCAGUGCUGUAGUCGUACUGUUAUUUAAAGUCUUAUAGAAGCAAAACUGUAAAUCAGCAAGUAGUUGAAGACCACCAGUAAUCAAAGGUAAUAUUGUAUCUGUGUUAUUGUAAUUUGAUUUGAUAGGACGUAGGACUUUGACGUAGAUACUUAAAUUAGUUUGUUUUUUGGGGGGGUUGGUUUUUGAGUAAUCUCCGACUGUUGGUCACAUGUAAGCUUGUAAUCCUAUAGACAAAUUCACUCCAAGCUGUGAAGGUGAUUUGUUCCUUGAUUGUCAAUCAGUUCAUUUCAAUGGAUCCUCUUCCCUUUUGUACUGUAUGUUUACUUACAGACUUUCUUAUUAAUGACUUGCAUUUUUGAGGCUGGACAAGCUGAUAUUAUUAUACAGCGAAAAAAUACCAAGUGAUAUGCAAUUGUUAUACAUAUUAUAUUUGUAUAAAUAAAUAUAUGUGCGUGUGUGCAAA